CAACAACUAUUAGGAUCUAAACCAAGGUUCUACCAGAUAUGUCACUUCAUGUAGCCCCUAGCUUAGCAUUAGAUGACCCUGUGCGGCAUCAUUCUUGGGUAUCUUGUGAAUGCAACCGUUGCCUAGGUUAAGGAUAGGUAAACUAGGGUAUAAGUCUUGGUAUUCUACAUCUCCUGCCUUCUCCCAGGAAGAUCAGGGACCAUGCUCUUCCCUUCAUUCUCUCUCAUCUCAACCUAAACCUCUCUCUUGUGUACUUGCACUUCACUUCUCUUUUCGCGGUCGAUCCGUUCCUUUUUCUCUUACGCCCUGCCUAUCUUCGAUAUUCGUUCGUUUCGUUUUAACGGCUGAGCCAGUUUAAUUUUAUAGUAGUUGAGAUUUUUGUACUCUGAGAGUUCUUCUAAUCAUAUUACUCGUUGUUGGAUCUACCUAAUUAGUUAUCGUCACUCUUUCAUAUCCACAAAGCUAUGUAUUUCUCUCACGGCUAUAUACCGGUACUGUUGGCCCUCGUCUCUGUAGUAGUUGCUACGGAAGGGGCAGCUGAGGUUGUUAAGGAGACGAUUCACGAGACAGUUCAUGUGACAUUACCACCAGAAACAAUUAAGGAGACGAUACAUAUAACUCUACCUCCUGAGACUGUAAAGGAGACUCUAAAGGAGACCGUAAAAGAGACCCUGCAUGUAACUUUACCGCCGGAAACAGUGAAGGAGACUAUCCAUAUUACUCUACCUCCACAGACUGUGAAGGAAACUGUCCAUAUUACCCUACCUCCACAAACAGUGAAGGAAACUGUUCAUAUUACCCUACCCCCACAAACGGUGAAGGAGACCGUUCAUGUUACUCAACCGCCAGAGACGAUAAAACAGACGAUAAAAGAGACGGUACAUGUCACCCUGCCUCCACAGACCGUGAAGGAAACCGUACACAUUACUCUACCACCACAAACAGUGAAAGAAACAAUACACGUCCCGGUGACAGAAGUUGUUCAUGUUACGAAAACCGAGGUCCAAAAGGAAUCGAUUACACUACCUCCACUGACGGUGAAGGAAACGGUUCAUGUCACUAUCCCUGUCACGAAGGUAGAAGAGAAGCUCCUCACGAAGACCGAACUGAAGAUGGAAACCAAGCACGAAAUAAAGACCGAAGUACAAACUGCAAUUCAAACUAAACUCGAAACCAAGGUUGAGACCGUCCACAUUACGCUUCCUCCUCAGACCGUCAAAGUAACACUGCCUCCUCAGACGGUGAAGGAGACAGUACAUAUCAGCAUUCCUGUCACUAAGGUGGAAACUGUGAAAGAGACCAUACACAUCAAUAUUCCAGUGACUACGGUACAGACUGUCAAGGAAACUGUGCAUGUGAGCGUUCCCGUAACGCAAAUACAAACUGUGAAGGAAACAGUACAUGUUACCAUCCCCGUCACGAAAAUCGAGACGCUGAAGGAGACGUUAAAGGAGACCGUCGCUGUGAGCGUACCCGUCACGAAAGUCGAAACAUUAAAGGAGACGUUGAAGGAGACGCUGAAGGAGACCGUCGCUGUAAGCGUACCUGUGACGAAGGUUGAGACGUUGAAAGAAACCAUCGCCGUGAGCAUACCUGUAACGAAGGUGGAAACUCUCAAGGAAACUCUCAAGGAGAGUAUUCCUGUUACUCAAGUGCAGACAGUGAAGGAGACGCUGCAAGUUAGUAUUCCGGUAACCAAGGUGGAAACCCAAACUGCCAAGGAGACGGUACACGUAAGCAUUCCGGUCACGGUGAAGGAGUCCAUAGCCAUCGGCGUUCCCGUGACGGUGAAGGAGAGCAUUGCUGUUACAGUUCCCAUCACCGAAAUCAAAUCGAUCCAUGAGACGAUAGCUAUUACGAAGACCGAAGUAUCGCAUAAGCUCGAGACAAUUGCACUUACAAAGACAGAGGUCUUGAGCCAUCUACAGACACAGGUACUCACAGAGACGGUCCAUAUCUCUCUACCGCCGCAGACGGUUAAGGAGACUAUUCACAUCACCCAGGCUGUGACAGAAACCGUUCACGUAACCCUUUCGGCAUACACCCAGACAGUACACGAGACAGUCCACGUUACUCUGCCACCGCAUGUGUUGACGGUGUCUGAAGUGAUCCACGUCACUGUUACAGAAAUUGCAGAGGCCUGCCGUCAAACGGAGGUAUUCAUACCAAUCAUUCACGAAACCAUUCCCUCGUUAGUUCAUGAGACUAUAGCAGUCCCGCCCAUGGUCCAUAUAACAUCCGUGGCUCCGCCUAUGGUUCACAUAACAUCCACAGCCAUGCACCAUAUUAACGCCACGUCGGUUGCUCCUCCCAUGGUCCAUGAGACCAUUGCAGUUUCUCAAGCGACGGGCCAUGUGGCACCAUCCGGCACGGGUGUAGCAGCAGCCCCGCCGCCCGCAUCAUCUCUAUCAUUAGGAUACAUGAUGCCCCAUGUUGCCCGGCGAUGGCAGGCGUGAGCUCCCCGGUUCGUAGCUUAAUACACUACAAUAGGGGUAUGGAUAUUGAUGGGUUCAGCGGAGUGUGAUUUUGAUAUACGGGGUUAUUUUUGGGUCUUAGAAGAGUUUGGCAAAUGUAGGAAUUUCAUAAUGCUCAAGUGCGGUCUACUUUUCUCUGCGUUUCGGUCUCUUUAGCCUAUGCUUGCAUGGAUUUCACGCAAAUAGGACAAAAACAAUAAGGUACAUUUUGAUAUUUUAAACUGUAUAUUUGACUAAAAAUACCCCGUAUAUCUUCGUAAAGACCUCGGGCUGCUGUAAAUACUCA